AUGGCUACCUGGGAAGAUUAUCUUGCUGGUCAGCUCAAUAAUGAUGGUGUACAGUUCACCUGGAAUAUGUGGCCUCAUAGCAGAGUGGAUUCACAACGACUUGUUGUGCCACUAACAUGUUUCUUCACUCCAUUAAAGGAGAAACCAGCAGAUCAGCCUCAACAGCCUCCCUUGGAGUAUGAUCCUGUACUAUGCCAGAAAGCUAACUGCAAAGCAAUUUUAAAUCCUUUAUGUUUCGUUGAUUUUCGAGCUAAAACUUGGGUUUGUGCGAUUUGUAAUCAAAGAAAUCCAUUCCCUGCUCAUUAUGCAGCUAUUGCUGAGGAUAACAGGCCACCAGAGCUUUAUCCUCAAUUUACAACUAUCGAGUACACUUUGAAGAAGGCAACAACUAUGCCUCCAAUAUUUGUUUUUGUUGUAGAUUUAUGUGUUACUCACGAGGAAUUAGAUGCUUUGAAGGAAAGCUUACAGUCUGCUCUUUCACUUCUUCCUGCUGAUGCUAUGGUAGGUUUGAUUUCAUAUGGAAGAAUGGUCCAACUCCACGAACUCAAUGUUCAAGGAAUCAGCCGGAGCUUCGUCUUCAAGGGCUCAAAAGAAGUAGCUCAGAAGCAGCUUAAAGAUAUCUUAGCCAUGAACAUUGGAGCUAGGGGACCCACUCCAGGAGGACCUGGUGGUGCACCUAUGGGAGGUGCUCCUGGGGCUUUCCCAGGACAGCCACACAUGGGUGCUCCAGGAGCCCGUCCAGGCCAGUUCCCUGGACCCGGAGGACCAGCGGGCCCUGCUGCCCCACAGCCUUCUCCAGGAGCCAUGCAUGCACCAACUAACAAAUUCCUCCAGCCAAUUAGCGAAUGUGAAGACUCAAUUAACGAAAUUUUGGAAUCACUCACUGUGGAUAGAUGGCCUGUUCCUCAAGGACAUCGGCCAAUGAGAGCUACUGGAGCUGCUUUAGCUGUAGCUGUAGGCCUUCUAGAGGCAUGUUUCCCCAACACUGGAGCUAGAGUUAUGACUUUCGUUGGAGGAGCUUGUACACAUGGCCCAGGAGCUGUCGUAGGAGACGAGUUGAAGAAUCCUAUUAGAUCUUGGCAUUCUAUUAAAGAGGAUGAUGCCAACUUCAUGAAGAAGGCCACUAAGUUCUAUGAUUCUUUGGCUUCAAGAGCUGUGAAAAAUGGCCACGCCAUCGAUGUGUAUUCCUGUGCUUUAGAUCAAACUGGACUUUUAGAAAUGAAGAAUUGUUUCAAUUCAACUGGAGGACAUGUUGUUAUGGGUGAUUCGUUCAACUCCUCUCUAUUCAAGCAGACCUAUCAACGUUCUUUCGAGAAGAGUGCCAAUGGUCAAUUGAAAAUGGGAUUCAAUGCCACCAUGGAGGUCAAGACUGGUGCUGGACUCAAAGUUGAAGGUGUUCUAGGGUGUUGCGCUUCUGGAAAUGUCAAAAACGCUUGUGUCUCUGAUACGGAAAUGGGUAUUGGAGGAACUUGUCAGUGGAAAUUCUGUAGUUUAACUCCACGAACAACAAUCGCCGUUCUGUUCGAAAUCAGCGCCCAACAUGGAGCAGCAAUUCCUCAAGGAUCCCGAGGUGUAGUACAGUUUGUUACUCAGUAUCAACAUGCUGACGGACGGAAACGAAUUCGAGUGACGACGACUUGCCGUAAUUGGGCAGAUAUGACAAGUCAACAAGCUAAUAUUGCUUACGGAUUUGAUCAAGAAGCUGGUGCUGUUGCCAUAGCAAGACUUGCAUCGUGGAGAGCAACAAAUGAGAACGAUACUCCUGAAGCUUUGAGAUGGCUCGAUCGUACAUUGAUUCGCCUCUGUCAGAAGUUCGGAGAGUAUGCCAAGGAUGAUCCAGGGUCAUUCCGUCUCUCUGAAAAGUUCUCACUGUUCCCACAGUUUAUGUUCCAUUUGAGAAGAUCACAGUUCUUACAAGUCUUCAACAAUUCUCCCGAUGAGACAGCAUAUUAUAGACACAUCCUGUUUUCGGAGAAUGUUUUGGAAAGCACAACUAUGAUUCAGCCAGUAUUGUUUAGCUACUCCUUCAAUGGACCUCCUGAGCCUGUUCUUCUGGAUACUUCUUCAAUUCUUCCUGAUCGAAUUCUGUUGAUGGAUGAUUAUUUCCACGUACUUAUCUACCAUGGACAGACGAUCGCCGCUUGGAAGAAGAUGAACUAUCAUGAAGAUCCUAAUUAUUUAACUUUCAAGCAACUUCUAGAAGCACCAAUUGCUGACGCUAAUGCUAUUCUCCAAGAUAGGUUCCCAAUGCCUAGAUAUAUCGUCACUGAAUAUGAAGGAUCACAGGCUCGUUUCUUGCUCUCUAAGGUAAAUCCUUCGCUCACUCACAACAACCCCUAUGCUCAGGAGGGAGGAGCACCAGUUUUCACCGAUGACGUGUCUCUGCAAGUUUUCAUGGAGCAUUUGAAGAAGCUGGCCUCAUCUUCAUCCACAUAA